AUGAAAGAGGCCAGGGACCUGCGGGGUGCCAGGCCGCAGAUGACAGAUGCACGGGUGGAGGGAAAUCUCGAGAAACAAAAUAUGGAGUUCUUCAGGCCUGAUAAGGGGACAGUGACCGGCAUGGCACGCAUCGAGCAUGGGGCCCGCGGGCAAGGCAUCAGCAUAGCGUCCGAGCUGUAG